AUGGCUGAAUCCAGCAAAACCCCUACAGGAGUAGACAACACUUUUCGAAGGAAAUUCGAUCGAGAAGAGUAUUUACAACGAGCCCGUGAGCGAGAAGAAAAGGAGGGGGAGGCACGAUCGAAAUCAAAAUCGAGGGGUCCGCCGGUGCAAAGGAAACCUUUGAAGCACAGGGAUUAUGAAGUGGACCUUGAAUCUCGAUUGGGAAAGACUCAGGUUGUUACUCCAAUCGCACCUUUAAGUCAGCAGGCUGGAUACUUCUGCUCGGUUUGUGACUGUGUAGUAAAAGAUUCUGCAAACUACUUAGACCAUAUAAAUGGAAAGAAGCAUCAACGAGCUUUGGGCAUGUCUAUGCGAUCUGAAAGGGCAACAUUGGAGCAGGUCCAGCAGCGGUUUGAAAAUCUCAAGAAGCGGAAAGAUACUGGAGGCUUUACUGAGCAAGAUUUUGACGAGCGGAUCUUGAAACAACAGCAAGAAGAGGAGGAAAGAAAACGUCAACGUCGAGAGAAAAAGAAAGAGAAGAAGAAAGAAAAGGCUGCCGAGGAGGAACCUGAGAUGGAUCCUGAUGUUGCGGCUAUGAUGGGAUUUGGUGGUUUCAAGACAUCCAAAAACUGA